AUGGCACCUAUACCAGUGGACAAUACCCUCGUCGUGGGUACCGACGUGACGCCAAAGCCUGAUUCAGGAUACUGGACGAAAGCCAACAUCGCCCUCACAGCCGUCUUCGCUCUCAUCUUCCUAGCCAUUUGCCUGGCGUCCCUCAUCUUCUGGUUCCACCGGCGAAACGAAAAGAAGAAGCUCAACAACCGGAAGUCAGAUACAGCGGGGCUCCUUGCGAACGAAGACAAGACAAGCAUGUUCAGUCGAAACCGGGCUAGUAGCGUUACAUUAUACGUCGACUCAGAAGCAGAAGCGCGCAACAAGAGAUCAAGCACGGAGACCAUGCAUCUGGUGCCGCUUCAAGUCACGCCGGUAGAGGAAGUUAGAGACCCGAUUGGCGACAACACGGAGAGCUCUGGUACGGGUGUCAGUUCUGUCAGCCGACAAAGCAACGCAACCCUUAGCACUAUGAUGCUGAGUCCGAUGCUGAGCCCGGCGCUGAGUCCGGUGUCACCGAGUGGUGAGGAGGGCGACUUGGGCGUACGGCCAUCAGGACGCGCACGCAGCACAAGCACAGCGAGCCAACGCGCACGAUACUACGAGUCGACGCCUACGAAUAUCGCGAUGCCACCAAUCCCAAAGAUUGUUCACACAUCAUCAGAGUAG